AUGCAAAAGCUGGCUUGCUGGUUUGUUCAGGCUGGCCGAUUCGGUGGCAUGUAUGCCGGCUUCCCCAGAGAAAAUGCUUCAACUGCACCUUUGAGUCUUUGCAUGGCCAUUACAAGCAGCGGCCCAUCAUUCGCCACCAUGAUGAAGGGCUUGAAGACUUGGGUCGUGGAGCCAGCAACAGAAAACAAGAAUGCAUACGCUGAAGGGACGGAAGAUGACGGAAGCUUGCAGCUGGCAUUGACCACAGCCGGACGCGAAUGCCUUCAGCUGUCUUGCAUGGACCUCCAGACUGGCCGUUGCCUUUGUCUCUCGCUUAGCUGGAUUCAGGAGACAAAUGAUGUGUGGGAAAAUGCCACUCUUCCCCGCAGGCACACGCUGCAGGAUCCGCAGAGCCUGUGCGAGUCUUCAUUCACGGCUGUGAAGCUGAAGAGGAAGGGUCGCACAGCCGAUGGCCAUUCAUGCGAUUGCACAGACAAGCCAAAGAAGAAGGCGGAUGUUGCAGCUUCUCCCCUGAACCUCUUCGGUAGCAAGGAGAAGAAGGGCACAGAGCAGAUAGCCAAGGAGCUCGAGCGUGAGCGACAGCAGGCGGAAAGAGAGAACGCGGACAAGGAGAUGGCCACUGCUUUCGGUGAGUUCGAGGGGGCCAAAGAGCACUACGACAAGGCAAUCUCAGAGGUGAACUCUGCCUGGAAAGCCUUCCUCGAGCAGCAGCCGAAGUAUGAGACAUCCUUCUGGCUGCUAAAGGCCAUGCAUGACUCUGAGUGCAGAAAGCUCAUGGAGGACCACAACGGAGCCAUGGCGGACUGCCACAAGAACUGGCUGACUGCCCGAGAGGAGUACUUUGCGCGUGCUCGAGUUCCUCAGUGUGUCCAGGGCGAAGAACCCGCCUUUGAGUUUCAGGUUUCACCGCUUCUCUCUGUUCUGGCUCCACUUCUCUUCUCAGCAGGAGCACAGGAGAAGAGCAGCAGGCUCACACACUUCUUGUGA